AGCAACACGGGCAGAUAGCGAUGUACACAGGGAGAGCAGAGAUGUCAGAGUAAAGAGAAUGAGCAUAUCCACAGAGAAGGUCUGCUGGCAUUUUUUCCUCUUAAUUUGAAGCUCUGGAUUCUGUAGAUACAUCCUCAGCCUGAUUUCUAAAAUGUCUGACUUUGAAGACUUCACUAAGCCCGGAGGGCAGGCCAAUGUCUCUGACAGCUACCAGCUGAACCCCACCAGCGUGAUCGUUUCAGUGGUCUUUUCCCUCAUCUUCCUCCUGGGCACUGUGGGAAACAGCCUGGUGCUGGCUGUUCUCCUGAGGAGCGGCCAGGUCGGAUACAACACCACCAAUCUGUUCAUACUCAACCUAAGCAUGGCCGACUUCUUCUUCAUCAUCUUCUGUGUCCCUUUCCAAGCCACCAUCUACUCCCUGGAAGGCUGGGUGUUUGGCUCCUUUAUGUGCAAAGUGGUCCACUUCUUCAUCAACCUGACCAUGUAUGCCAGCAGCUUCACGCUCGCUGCUGUCUCUGUUGACCGAUAUCUGGCCAUCCGUUACCCGCUGCGCUCCAGAGAGCUAAGAACCCCAUGCAACGCAGUGGUAGCCAUGGUGAUCAUUUGGGGUCUCUCCCUGGUCUUUGCAGGUCCCUACCUCAGCUACUACGACCUGAUUGAUUACGCCAACAGCACUGUGUGCAUCCCCGGCUGGGAGGAGCAGAACCGGAAAGUGCUUGACACAUGCACCUUCCUGUUCGGCUACGUCAUCCCCGUGCUGAUCGUGAGCCUCUCCUACACCCGGACCAUCAAGUACUUGUGGACGGCGGUGGACCCUCUGGACGGCAUGUCAGAGUCCAAGAGGGCCAAACGCAAAGUCACCAAAAUGAUCAUUAUAGUCACUGUGCUGUUCUGUAUCUGCUGGCUACCAUACCAUGUGGUGAUCCUGUGCUACCUGUAUGGAGACUUCCCCUUCAAUCAGACCACGUACGCCUUCAGGCUGCUGUCUCACUGCAUGGCCUACGCCAACUCCUGCGUCAACCCCAUCGUCUACGCUCUGGUGUCCAAACACUUCCGCAAAGGCUUCAAGAAAGUGUUCAGCUGCAUCCUCAGUAAAAAAGGCAGAAAUAAAGUCCAUGUGGUUCACAUGGCCAACACUGUCCCAGGGUUUGAAGCAGGCUCCACGGAGGUUUCGCAGAUGAACGAGGAGAAUAUACGACAGAAUGAGUGUGAAAUGAUUAACAGGCCCAUCGUAGAGCCAAGAGAACCCACUGUGACUCUCAACUUGCCCUUUCAGCAGCAGACGUGACAAGCGAUUCAGCUCUGACAGGCUGAGAACAGAUUGCCUUAUGUGAAAGACGCUGCAACUAAUAUUUUUAAAAAAUGUGCAAACCUGUCAUCUUGAUGUUCACACUGUUGGUGGCAAACAGGAGGGAAGAUAAAAGGAUUCAUGCAUUGACAUAAAUACAGAGUAUUAAGGCGUAUUCAUGGAGCCCACUACCAAAAAUUAUGCUUUUAUCAGAACAUGUUUUCGUCCGCUCCGUUAACAGAUGCAUUUAGAAAGGUUUAUAUUUAUGAAAGGUACACAUUUCUCAGUUUCUCCUGUUUGCACCAUUUUGCCUUAACUAUGGCGUGCACUUAGGUAUGCAUUUCUUUUUCUCUCCCAGAAAGAGACCCCACAUUAUUCCAGCACCUUUUUAAUAACAGUACAGAAUGUGUCCCCUAAUGUUAGAGCAUGUUUCACUUUUUCAAGCUUCCCUAGAGGUACUCAAAAGUCGGCCACUGAGGGGGAGUCAUGCUACUCAGCCCAUUUGACUUCAGAAUCUGGAGGAAUGGCAUUCAAGUGGUGCUUCUCCACCUGCGCUAUUAACCACUACUCUGCAGCAUUACACCACCAUUAUGUCGCCCUCAUAUAAAGUCAAUUAUAAUCUCAUUAGACCGUUUUUACUUUUUGAAAGUGGGAGUCCAUCAUUAAAGUUGUUAUUUUUCUAUUUUGAGCAGCUUGUUAUUUGGCUUCGUUUCUUUUGUAUCGUGCAUGCAGAUGCUGUUCAGUCUUGUCAAGAUCUUAGUUUAAUUCAAACUGUAACAUGAGCUGUUUGUGUUAUGACGCAAAAAUUUCGAAAACAUGAUGACCUGUUAUGUUUCAAUUUCAGCUGCAUUAAGAAUCUCAAACCUUGCACCAAGUACUGAAAAAAGGUCAAGAAUCAGGGGUCAAAGGGCAAAUAGUUAGUAUUUGAUAGAUAUUUCAAACAAGUUUUUGGACCCAGGUACAUAAAAAAAAGUGCUUAACUUGUAUUUUGCAAAGAUUGUAUUCAUGGCAUGUUUCUCUUAAGUGUGAAAUCUUCUAUAUUUAAAUGAAUAUGUUUACCUCUGCAGUUGAAGUAGUGUAUUUUAAAACGUGUGUAUUUUGUGUAAUUUUUCCAAUGCAAGCAGAUCUUUAGUAUCUCUUUCUCUCUGUUUCACCGUAAGCUUGUGUCCUACCUCAAAGCUAUAAAAAAACAUGUUUCUUGUCUCUUAACUGUUGUUCUGUUCAGGUUGUGUAAGAUACAAUUUUCCCUUUCAGACAGUGUUUCAAGUUGGAACAUCCUGCUCUGAGCAAUUUAUGUCCUGUGUAUUUGUGAUUUUUUGCCCUUUUCGUCUCGAGCAUAAAGUGUCUGUUCGUUCCCUUUCAUAAUGCUGGGUUUUCAACAGCCUGUAUAAUUUGAGUACACAUAUAUAUUUAAAUAGAUAUUUACAGAGAGGGAUUGAAAUCAUGAUGUAACACAUUAUUUAUUGAGAAAAUAAACUAUUUUCUGCUGUG